GCUGAGCAAUCUGAGCCUGGCUGUGGGGAGGAGGAGUCUGCUCCCAAUGCUGCCCCCAGCCUGAGAUCAUUGAUCCCAGCUCCCCUCCCUCUGCCCAGAAGGAGCCCCCAGCCUCAUCCUUGGUUGGGGAGGAGAGUCCAGGCAGUUGCCAUGCUGUAGUAGAGAGGGGCCUGUGGGGGGAAAAGGAAAGAGCUCUCUUGAAGGGAGCAUCUCUGAGGAACUGGGAGAGAGACGCCUGUCAUGUUCGCCGAGCUGCUCUUCCAGGCUGCCUGUGUCUCUGUGUUCCUUCAAGGGGCCCAGGGGAGAGUCUACACAGGAAGGAGGAAACUUGCCAACUUCGCCGUGGAGAGACGUCGCAUCGGACCACAUGUUUGCCUCUCUGGUUUUGGAAGCGGAUGCUGCCCUGGGUGGAUACCAUCUCCAGGCAGCGGACAGUGCACCAUGCCACUUUGUUCCUUUGGCUGUGGAAGUGGCUUCUGCAUUGCUCCCAAUGUCUGUUCCUGCAGGGAUGGAGGGCAGGGCAUUACAUGCCAAGACGUUCCUGGUGCCUGUGGAGAGUAUGGCUGUGACCUUGCUUGCAAUCACGGAGGUUGUCAGGAGGUGGCGCGGGUGUGUCCGCUGGGGUUUUCCAUGACUGAGACAGCCAAUGGUGUACGCUGUGCAGACAUUGAUGAGUGCCUGAGUGCCUCCUGUGAGGGACUUUGUGUGAACACAGAAGGUGGCUUUGUAUGUGAAUGUGGCCCAGGAAUGCAACUCUCUGCUGACAGACACAGCUGUCAAGAUACUGAUGAGUGCCUAGCAACACCCUGUCAGCACCACUGCAAGAACAGCAUGGGCAGCUAUCGAUGUUCCUGUCAUUCCGGCUUCUACCUGCAUGGCAACCAGCACUCCUGUGUGGAUGUGAAUGAAUGCCGGCGACUCAGUGAGAAGCGAACCUGCCAGCACUCCUGUCACAACACGCUUGGGAGUUUCAUAUGCAGCUGUCGCCCAGGCUACCGGCUCAGUGUGGACAGAGUGUCUUGUGAAGGUUUUCCGAAGACCAGCCUGGCCCCGUCUCCCAUCUUGCAGUCUCUCCAGCACCCGCCAACUCUCCUGCGCCUUUCUCCGGAUUCUGUGGCUCCUGCCGUGCCCCCCAGGGGCUCUGCUCCAUCCCGAGCACCCGCUCCCCACAUGGCACUCAGGACCCCGCCUCCUUCCCGUCUCCUCCCCACUCUCCCUGUGCUCCCUCCUGCAGCUUCUCCCACCCCUUCAUUCCCUCCACCCAGUUCCUCCCUUGGCGCACCCAUCUUGCUAAAGACCGCCAGGCCCUCCAGGAUGGAGAGCCCACUGCCGCCAUCGCUGCUGCGGGAGGAGAUGACGACGUUCCUUCCCACAAGUCCUUCUGCUCCAGGGGUUUCCUCCACAGCCCUGCCUUCUGCCUGCUGGCGUGGAGGGACUUUUCAUAAGAAUGGCAGCCACUGGGUGGAGCCAGGGUGCCUGAACUGCUCCUGUGAGGGUGGGCAAGUGCUGUGUGGAGCAGUGAUGUGUGAGGUUGCCUGCUCCCACCCAGUUCCUCCAAUGGAGGGGGAGUGCUGUCCUAGCUGCACAGGCUGUUUCUAUUAUGGGACCGCCAGAGCUGAGGGGGAUGUCUUUUCUCUUUCUGAGGAGAACUGCACAAUCUGCGUCUGCCUGGGAGGCAACGUAUCCUGUAUCUCUCCAGAAUGUGCACCCACUCCAUGCCCCAGUUCUCUUCAGACCGACUGCUGUCCCUGCCAGCCAGGUACUGAGUGCCAUUUCCGCGGCCAGACAUACCCAGAGGGGGCUGAGUUCAGCCUGGAUGGUGAUGACUGUACCACCUGUGUGUGCAGGCAAGGUGAAGUUGAGUGCUCCUUCACUCCUUGUCCCACGCUGGACUGUCCCCGAGAUGAUUGGCUGUUGGCCCCAGGGCAGUGCUGCUUCACCUGCCGAAAGGCUGCACCCAUGACAGGUUGCUUUGUGGAUGACAACGGAGUUGAAUUUCCAAUUGGACAGAUCUGGUCACCGGGUGAUCCCUGUGAGUUAUGCAUCUGCCAGGCAGAUGGCUCAGUGAGCUGUAAGAGGACAGAGUGUUUGGAGACAUGUCCUCACCCAAUCCGGAUCCCUGGGCAGUGCUGUCCAGAUUGUUCAGCAGGCUGCACCUAUGCAGGAAGGGUCUUUUACAACAAUGAGACAUUCCCCUCUGUCUUGGACCCCUGCCUAAGCUGCAUUUGUUUGCUAGGCUCUGUGGCAUGUUCUCCUGUGGACUGUGUUGUCUUUUGUACAUAUCCUUUCCACCCAGAAGGAGAGUGCUGUCCAGUUUGUCAUGACUGCAAUUACAAAGGGAGGAAAGUGGUGAAUGGACACGUCUUUGUACCAGAAGGUGAACCCUGCAUUCAUUGUACUUGUCAGCUUGGAGAGGUGAGUUGUGAGAAGAGGCCCUGUCCAGGCACCUGUGCGGAGCCCUUUGGCCCCCCUACACAUUGCUGCCCCGACUGCCAUGGUAAUGAAGUUCCAGAUGAUGUGGCUUUGCUGGAGAAGAGCCUAGCCAAUUCUCACUUGGAAGAUGGAGAAUCAAAGGCAGGCUUGCAAACCUUCCAGAGGCGUUCCAUGGACCCAAUGUCUGAGAGGAACUGCAGCUUCUGCACUCCCAUUCCCACACCUGCUUCGCUUGGUCCUGAUGUUCAUCUUGCGGCAAGUAAUGCAAGUGCUUGGGAGAUCGUGCCAACGAGGCCAACGGCACCAGAGAAUGUUGAUCUCCAUCAUACCAGACCAGGAGGUCUCAUCAAGCUGCGUUUCAAUUGGCCACCAAGUGCCAAACCCCCUUCUUUUCAACUAGGCCAAUCUGUGACUCCUCAGAUAAGAUCAGGGUCUCCUUUGCCACUUGCAAAUAGGCCAGGAAACCUCAGGCCUUCUCCCACCAGGCCAAGCUCUCUUGGCUCUCUGUUGACUCAUCCUCGGCUCCUUUUCCUCAUCACAAGGACUGCUGGGACCCCUGCACCCUCCAAUGCAGUUCCUGCCUCCACUCCGCUAACGGUAGCUAACCUCACAGAGUCCACCACCACCUCCUUUCAGCCUUCAGAUACCCACAGCCUUCCUCUGUCACCUCCAACAGAAACACUUUCCCCUUCAUCCAGCCGCAGUCCAGACUCUCCUCGGGAACUUCAAGAUGGCAGACCCCCACACACAACAGGUUCACCCAUGGACCAGCAAACUUGGGGGAGCAGCCUUGCAUUGCCCCCUGGUGGUGAGAAUAACCUCCGUGGCACUGCUCCCUAGCUUGAAGGAAAGACCAGGCCUGUUUUUGAACAUGAGGAACAUAACCACUUUUAACCUCAUAGGUGUAGAAGAGGAUCUACCAAAAAAAAAAAAGGUUGCCACUAGUGGUGUGAGGUGGCCCUGCUGCUACUUACCAUUGGCAGGAUCUACGUUCUCUUUUCUUGAGAGCAGGUCUAAUUAGCAGGGGUAGUUAUUCAGCCCUAGCUACUGUUGAGAUGACAAAGCCUGUUUGUGCUCUUACCUAACCAAUGUCUCCUUGGCUGUGGAGCAACAUGGGAUAAUCACCC